UUUCAUUACAGCCUUGUGUUGCAGAUUCUUAGUGACCCUGUACAGAGAAUGGUUUACGAUGAGAUCCAUGGCUAUGCAGUGACUGCUACCAAUCCUUUUCUUGAUGACUCUAGCCCUAAGGAUCAUGUUUUUGUUGAUGAGUUUGCUUGUAUAGGCUGCAAAAACUGUGCCAAUGUGGCUCCAGAUAUAUUUAAGAUUGAGGAAGACUUUGGACGAGCAAGGGCCUGUAACCAGCGUGGCAACCCUGAUUUACUCCAACAAGCAGUUGAAACAUGUCCAGUUGAUUGUAUCUAUCAGACUUCUGCGGCACAGUUGUCAUUGCUCGAAGAUGAAAUGCGUAGGGUUGAAAGAGUGAAUGUUGCUCUGAUGCUUUCUGGAAUGGGGUCAGGAGCCGUUGAUGUUUUCAGAAUGGCGAGAUCUCGAUGGGAAAAGAGGCAAGCAAAAGUUUUGAACCAAGCUAGAAGUAGAAUGAUGAAGCGGAAAAGCACAGAUGAAACACCUUCCUAUUGGGAUAACCUCUGGGGCAAAGAUACUCAGUACCAGAAAAGCGAGGAAGAAGUACAAGAACGAGCACAGCGAGCGGCCGCAGCAGCCAGGAGAUGGAGGGAGUACUCACGAAAAGGCGUGGAUAAGCGCCCCACGUUCAAACUCCCUGACUCAUCCUCCAGGGGAGACAACUGAAACCACCUCCAGACAUGAAUCUUAAAUGGUAGUAAAGUAUAUAUGUAAUAAUUUCACUA